AUGGAUCCUUCUGCGUCAACAAGCAUCCCGAAUGAUGACAGGCCGGAUAGAAAUGCUGCUCGUCCAACCGGCGAAGGGCAGUCUGAGCCUACGACGACACAGCAGACGCCCGUCAGAGGUACCCGGCGUGUUGUGUCAGACACGACAUACCAGCGUCUUGUGUUUACAGAUCCGGUUGCAUAUCGAUAUCUGGAGGAGGACCCUUUCGAACAAUGGGCUUGCUCAAGGGUGCAUCCUACGUUUGUCAUCAACACCUAUACCGGUGACAAGACUCACACAGUCGUCGUCGGUGUGCUCAGCGUGCCGGUGGAUGAGAAAAAAUGGACGGAGCGGGUGAAGGUCUACUUCAAUGCGAUGGCCCAGUUCCAUGCCCGGAAACAAGAGACCAGCCUCGGGACAGUGAUGGUGACGAACCUCAGCACAUUUCCUUCCAUGCUUACUGCGAUUCCUGUUCCAGAUGGAGAUGUCAAGCUUCACCGAGAGGACUUUAUCGUCAACGAAAAUUUGAAACGUCUAGGCUGUUCAGGGAGAGCCGGCCUGACAGUCAAACCGCCUGCAGCAGAUACAGAAGCCAAGUUCCAUCAGCUUUACCAGACAUGCGACCGGAUCCAGUUUUAUACCUCGGUGAAGGAAUUGGUUCGACUAUGCCAGCUGGCACUCGUGAUGUUUGAUAAACUCGCACCCGAAUAUGCAGAUGGAUUACUCUGUGAUGUCACCGAACGAGCUAUCAACGACUGGUGGACGGAAGUUGGAACGGAUUACUUCAACAUUGAGCCCGUCGACGGGAUACUUGGGCCAACCACGGUUUCUGCUAUUGUAGGAUUUUUUAUGGGUGCGAGGAACCGUCUACAUGCUUAUGGGGCACCCGUAUCCAAGGAUCCAUUCGAUAUACCUGGCUUUGAAAAAGGUGUUGGUGGCUUCCAAAAGGCCCAGGGCCUCGACAGAACACGGAGGCUUGAUACCCAAACGCUGGACAGACUGCACCGAGUGACAGUUAAAGCUGCAAGUGGGGAAAGAGGCUUACAGCGAGCUAUGAAGUCAACGGUGGCGGAGCUUGGCGGCAAGGGAGGAGAAAUGGUUAUGGAAAUAGUAGGGGGAGGCAAAGAUAAACCUGGUAUUUCGGAUGUUGAAACGUGUGAUUUUGAUCGUUUUCUCCAACUCAUUACAGGAGACCAUGCAAAAUGGCUAUGGCGCGGAAAGCCAGCUAAACCUCUGAACGAAGCCCAGUAUGAUACUGGAGAUGAAAUAGUCUUUGCACAUGAUAGACAUGGUGGAUAUGUUUGGACUCGGAAAAAGAGAGACGACCAUCUUCCCAGCCGGCUAAGCAUUGAAGCAGACCCAUGGAGACAAGCAGAAUCCCAAGCUGCCCUUGAUGACAAGGACCAGCUAAGGUUGACGCUCAAGCGUUCGGUUACCAACAAAGUAUCAGACGCCCGUGCUGGCCUUGGCCGGUUCAGGGACGCUGUUGGGCUGCCCGCUUUACGUCCACACCAUCAUAAACGUUCCAAGGAGAGCGUAGAUUUAGAAGCAAACCUGCCCCCGCAGCUUUUUAUGACGGAAACGGCCACACGAACAAGUUCUAAAGAUGGAGGACCAGAGGGAGCUGCUCGAAUGGAUAGCAUGGCACUGUCUGAGGCUAGUCGGCACGACCCCUUGAUAGGUCAGACUGGGCCUGGGCCAUCUACAGUUCCGGAGUUUGGUCGUGCAAGAACAUAUGGUCCCCCCGAGGAGGAUACGCCUUCUUCGGACAAGGGCCAUGAAGUUGGGGAGGUAGACGGUACUCCAGGAGGCUCUGAAAAGGCCGACGGAAAGUAUCAUGAUGUAUCUAACAACCCCGUUCCUGUCACCAGGGUUAGACGACGUGCUGGAAGCUUGACUUCACCGCAAUUGGAUUUCCUUCUCAUUGGAGAAGAUGCCAUCUGCCCUCGUCGCCUGUCCUUUAGUUAUGUAGAGGAAUACGUGCUGGGCUGGGAGGAAAUUGGCGACAUCUACUCAAGCACACUGGACCCUGACUUAAGCCUUGCGGAAGCCGUCUUCUACGAGGAUAUGAUCACUGCUGAUACACGGGACGUCGGGAGGAGGAUACGCGAAUUGGGUAAAAGCACUGCAGGUUGGGUUGGAAAGAAAGUAGCCACGGUUGAGGAGAUUGAAAAAGCUGGUAAAGCUCGAGCAUACGAGAUCCAAGCCGCGUACGAACGAAAACUCGAGGAAUUCCAGAGAGCAGGCAUAUACUCUCGCGAUGUCAUGGCUCAGGAGGAGGAGAUGUUUAUGGAAACCGUCAGACAUGUCGAGAUGAUAGAUGCAAAGCUUGACUAUGAAGUUGAUUCACUUCGUGCAAGGGUAGAGGAAGCGGAGGCAGUUUUGCAGGAUUAUUGCAAUGUGAUCAUCAACAUCGAAAGCAGGACGACGUCGGUUAUGGAUGGAAAGGAGUCCGAAGAUAUUCCAUGGUUAGAAUGGAUCAAGGAGCUGUGGUCUCGCCAAUUCAAUAAGUUCGAGGCUCGAACAUUGUCCAGCUCCAAAAACGGUGAAGACGAAAAGUCUGCAGGUUCCUCUAGCAAAAACCCAAGGUAG